AUGAAGCGUAGCGAAAAUAUUUUAAAUUUGGCAUUAUCAUUAAGUGGAAUUCCAACUGAUCAAGAGGUAGCUUCGACUUCGUCCAAGGCAAAUGAUCAUGCUACGCAGAAAGUUAUUCCACCACAAGAUAAUAGCUAUUUUAUCGAACGCGGUGAAGACUUACUUUCAUUCAAAAAUAGUAUGCGGGAAAAUGCGCUUGUAAAUUAUUACCCAGAUUCCUUCACCUCAUCUAGUAGAAAAGAACCAUUUUCUCCUGACUUUUCGGAAUAUAUCCCUUCCGACCAGGAUGUUUCAAAAAAUAGUUCUCAACAUUCUUCAGAACAUAAUAUUCCUUUACAAGAGAUACCAACAGCUACAAACAUAUCUGAAAAUAUUUCUACUCCCGAAGGGACAGCAAGAAAAGUGAAAAGGAAUGUUCCGAAAAAAACUAAUCCGGGUAGAAAUCGAGGUCAUAAUCGAGAAAACUGGAAACGCAACUUAAUAGGACAUUCACAAUCUGAAGGAGAUGCUAUGCACGCGUUAAUAGAGCGUCGGAAGAAAAAUCAGAUUAUUUUUGUACCAGAGCAAUGGAUCACUCUGAUCAGAUGUGCUAAAACUACGGGAACCCCUUAUGAUGUUACUGAAUUAGAUCAAAACCUAAUUCUUGAUUAUAAAAGCCUUCUAAAGAAAAAACUAAACUGGGACUGGAAUAGUACUGGAGAAAAGAUGUCUUGGACUAAAAUAAAACAUAUUAAAAUAGAAAACGAAAACCCUGACUUAAUAUACUUUCAAUAUGAUUAUCUCAGUGAUCAGUACUUAUCUAUCAACCUUGCUGUGAAACCUACUACACGCAUUACACGAACAAAAAGAGCACAAGAGUCAAUUCAGUGUGAACAGUCAAACGACGGAGAAAGGAUUCCUUUAUUGUAUAAUAAAGUGCUCCCAAUAUCAACAGCAAAGUAUAAGGACCUUGUAAGUUUGUGUAAAUGUAAAGCGAUACCAGAUAUUUAUCACAAUUUCUAUUUUAAUCUUCCACAUUCCACUCAACUAGCUGAAGACAACGGUAGUGAUGAUGAAAAUUAA